AUGGAGGAACGGCAGUUGAUUCAAGAAGAGAAGAACCUGGUCAAUGCAAUCAUGUGGGAAUUCCGGUGCAGGGAUACCAUCCCUCCGCCGAGGCACUCUGACGAUCCAGAAGAUAUCGACGAGCAGGAACGCAUACGAGACAGUCUGGAACAAGAAAGGAAAUCAUGGGCGAUGAUUUACGAGGAGCUCGCGAGGGCAGAGUCAACUAUCGUCGAGCACAUGGAGAUGUGGUCGCUGCGCGCGACCUUAGAGCAAACCGCGGCAGCUAACAGACUGGCGCGAACUUCAGGACAGCUGACUAAGAUCGCGACGAUUAUCGUCCCGUGCUCCUUCGUCGCAUCUAUCUUCUCCAUGGGCGGAAGCUUCGCAGCGGGCGAAGAGUAUUUCUUUGUCUACUGGACAAUCUCCAUACCGGUGACCGUCGCGCUGCUCGCUUGGGUGCUUUACAGAGAUAUUCAAGAGGUUUAUGAGAAAAUCAGAGAAAUGGAACUCUUGCGUCGCGCACGGCGGUUCCGCCUUAGGCGUAACGUCGUCGAAGAUGCUGAAAAGGAAGCUUAG